UGCCUGUCAUUCGAGUUUGGCGAAGGAGGCCUCGGCUCACAAUACAUGUCGCGAGCAGAGUGUCUUGGAAUCGAUCCAUCAACAGGCCACAUUGGCUAUGUCAACGGCAUGGGAAUGCGCAACUUGGUGAAUGCUGGCCGCGACAUGGUGUGGAUGUCGGACAACCUGUGCGACGGAAACAACCUGCACUACGUCUAUCACUCGACUCAUGUUGAUGAGCGAUUCGUGGGCCGGGACUACCGUGGCCUUGUCAAGGACGUGCUUCGAAUGGCUGCGGUCAAUGGAGGCAGCUACACCAAGACAUCAUAUCUCGUGGCACAACAAUGGAUUGACUAUCUCGACUCCAAUCCAAGUAAGAACUACCUCCGCUUACUUCAUCUCAGUGGACAAGUACUCAACUUUGUUAAAUUGGAAGAUAAGUUGAUCAAUCCUUGGGGGAUGAACACACAUCAGAUUGGCAAAUGUCCAAGAAUAGUCAUAGUUCCACAUCACACUCAACAAGACAAUCCUCACAACAAGUCAAGUCAAGAUUUCAAGUCAAUAGUUCGGCCCUAUAUCCAGAGAUUCAUGCUUGAUGGUAACCUUUAUGACCCCAACCAAGUCCAAUGCGGCCGAAUGAGGCCGAAUGAGGCUAAC